AUGAUCUUUCAUAACUUGGAUUCCUAUCCACUAGACGAAGAAAGCUAUCUGCAAGUCCGGCGGCUAGGGCCAUUUAGGGCUACUACUGCAGACAGUGAAAGAUUUUGGCAGCCACUCGCUAAGCCAGACCUUAUUCUCUCGAGCCACCUUGAUACAAUCCUUGAGGACUAUUUGCUAGCAUUUAAUGGAGACCAGAUGAAUCCAGCUCUAAUUAGUUCGCGGGUUGAUACUAUCCUCCUGUCUAUUGUCGCUGCCGCCAAAGAUAAACAUCCUACCAAAAGCGAUGGUUGGGGCCCUCAGAGACGGGUAGAUUUGUCUAUUGGAGAGACCGUUACUAAGCGUCAUCUGGAGCAACACUAUUUCAGAUGUCUUGCUGAUGGGCUUUUGUGGUACGGCAAGACGGAGGAUUUAGAAGCAAAUCUGAUCGUUCGGAAAACAACAGAACCCCCUGAGGAAGAUAGUGUGACGGUUCCUGGAGCCCUUUUGCUUCUGCUUGAAUCUCGAAAAGUGCUUGACCGGUCAAAAGGAUUUGGCAUGUAUGGCAUUGUUACGGACAGCUACAAGUGGCAUUUUUUAUGGGUGGGUAGAAACUAUCAGUACUUUCAGGCAACAUUUGACUGGAUGAAGAAAGAUGAACGUCAGCGCAUUAUCAACCAUGUUCGUGACAUCGUAGACCGUGCAGUCUCCUUGGUCAACACGGACCUUCCUGAUCCUAGCGCCACGGAGUGCUCUCUGAGCGAGUUGAUGUCAUGUUUGGUCUGGGACGAAUUUGAAAUGGAUAAAGUAACGCCCUCUGAUGACGAUUAUUGAAAACUUUGCAGGAUCAUGAUUUCUUCCGUUCUAUGACUUUAGCUUUCCACUUUAGUCUAGGAAGUACAUUUUGUAUGUCACCUACAACGGGCUUUUAGCAGUAGUCAGCGGCCCUCGUCUACUUCUAUCAAUUCAAGCACUCUACCAGUCUCAUUAUUAAUAAUCUUUACAGGGCCAUGUCCUCAAGCCCCUC